CGCGCAAUUCAAAAUGGCGGAAAGGAGAGGAAGGUCAAUGAAAAGAAAAAUUGAAGAAGUCGAGAAAACUGAAAGUCACGAAAAGCAAAGUAACAUUAAGCGAUUUUUUGGAGCCUCUAAAGUAGGUAGGAAAUGCUUGAUUUCAAUUUUAUGUAUUUUUAUUGCUGCAAAUCACAACUGAACCUGAUUACACCCACUGUACUGGCAGGAAAUAACAUUACAGAGUGAAGCUAUUAUAAACACACUUUCUAGCUAUCCCCCAUUUCGUUUGGUUUGUUGUGUACAGCUAGCAAUAUAAUCCGUUAUACCCCAAUAUCCGCAUACAAAUUCCCCACACUGAUCUCCAUACAAAUAUUAAAGGAUUAGUUGAGAGAAUGUGUUCUAAUAUCAGGGCAUUUUGCCAUAGGUGAUGAUUCUGUUAAUUCUUACAACCUUUUCUUACGACAACAUCCACUUUGCAAGGGAAAAAAUGAGGUUUUCACUCCCCCACUCCAUCCCUGAAUCUCAGCUUGAACUUAUUUUUGCAAAUUGCUGGAAAAAUCACAAAAAAUUAAUUAGAACCUGCAAAAAUUUUGUGCCACAUUUUAGUCUCAUACCCAGCCUGUGCUUUGCAUUUUUAGAAGAUAAUUCAAAAAGCACUGGAAUUUCAAAGUCUGAUCGCACAGGCAACCAAGAGCUUCCUUGGAAGUGGAAAGGAACUUUACUGUACUUUGAAUCACCAAGCAUCCAACCUUCAAACAAAAUUGCAAGUUUUGAUUUUGAUGGAACUUUAGCUAAAACAUCUUUAUUCAAGAAUGGCGCUGAUGCGUGGUCUAUACUGUAUCCUACGUGUGUACAGAAGCUGACAAAAUUGUACAAGGCAGGAUAUAAACUUGUAAUUUUCACCAAUCAGGCUGCCAUAGGCAAAGCUAAGGCUACAAAGGAAAAGGUUAUAGCUGAAAAGAAAGGCAGACUUGCAGGAUUUGUCAACAAGGUAGGAUAUACAUGAGUUGAGCAUCACUUUUUAUAUGGGAGAACAAGACCAGGUAUUACCCAAGGCAAGCUGAUGGUGUAAGGGUAGUAUAAGCAAAUGGCAGAGAAAUAUAUAUUUUGUGAGAUUUAUUUGUCAUAAUGAAACUGCCGCUCCUAGAAGUAUGUUCUCAUGCCAAGCUUCUAGAGUGUAAAUCAUCAAGGGAAGAUCAUGGUGGCUUACUCUAUUUCUUCAUUGUUGCAUUGAAUCAUUGAAGAAGCAACAACAUUUUCCCCUUAAUGGUUUAUUGAAAAGCUAAGCACAGAAAUGAUGGAAUAAGCAGCUUAAGGGACUUGACCUCUUAGGAUGUGUUUUUGUUUGUACCAAAUGAUUUUGCUAAGUAAGCUGCUAGUGCUGUUAUUGUUGAUGAGGCAAUACAGAGCACUUUAAUUUGAUGAUGAUGGUUAUGACGAUGAAGAUGAUGAUGAUGAUAGUGAUGGGGACAAAACAUAGUCAAAUAUCUUCUAAAUCGAAACAAAGGUUUUAUUUAUUUUUAAUUAUUGUCAUGAAAUAAUGGCUCCUUUUUCAGGUUGGUCUUCCAUUCCAAAUACUUGUGGCAACAACAAAGGAUGACUAUCGCAAACCCAACACAGCAAUGUGGGAGUUCUUCUGUCAAAACUGUAAUGGGGAUGUCAAAAUUGACAAAGAGAAGAGUUUCUUUGUUGGUGAUGCAGCAGGAAGAAAGAAAGAUCAUAGUGCAAGUGAUAAAGAAUUUGCAGCAAAUUGUGGACUGAAAUUUUAUACCGAGGAUGAAUUUUUUGAAAAGGAUAUACUUGAACACAAAGGUUAAUUAGGUCUUUUAACCCCUUAUAGUGCCCAGCACUUUGGUCUUCUCCUUAUAAAUCUCUGCUUUAUUAAUUGUAUUUAUUAUAAGAAUACAGAAAAAUAUUCACCAAACUUAAAACCCUUUUACUUCUACAAAAAUAGUUUCCUCAACAAAUGUAUUCAGAACAGG